UAGCUUUAGCUUCUUGUGACAGUGAGGGUAACAAGACAAGGAAAUGAAGCUGGUGGUGGAGGUCAUUGAUGCUCACGAUCUUAUGCCUAAGGAUGGAGAAGGAUCAGCGAGUCCAUUUGUGGAGGUAGAGUUUGAAAAUCAGUUGAGCAGAACCAGAGCUGUUCCAAAGAAUCUCAACCCCACUUGGAAUCACAAGUUGAUUUUUCAUUUAGAUCAAACCAAACCUUACAAUCGCCAAACUAUCGAAGUGUCGGUCUACAACGAGAGGAGGCCCAUAAGUGGGAGGAACUUCCUUGGAAGGGUGAGAAUUCCUUGCUCCAAUAUUGUGAAGGAAGGUGAGGAAGUCUAUCAAGUUUUCCCGUUAGAAAAGAAAUGGAUUUUCUCACCUGUGAAGGGUGAGAUUGGCCUGAAACUAUACUUUGCAUCAGAAUCCAAACACAAGAAAGCUCUUUCUCCAUCAUUUACCGCACAAGUAGAAGAAAUCUCAUCUUCUCUACCACAGGUACAAGAUUCCACUGCUGCUACUACAUCUACUGAUAAUUUUCUGGAAAAUAGAGGCUUCACUGAGAAAGAAAUAGCAGAAGGUCCUGACAUGGAUGCUCCAGAAGUUGCCAAAGAGGGAGUAAACUUUGAUUGUGCUGUAAAUUCCUCAGUUGAAGCAGAGGCUAAGUCCAGCGGGAUUGACGAAACGGUUGAUGUGCCAAAGGAGGAAAGCAGAGAACCUGUGGAAGAGACAGCUCAACAGCUACACAAACACCAAGCUAUGCAGCAGCCAGUUAUUUCCAUAAAGAAACGGCCGAGAGUUACUUCAUUAACAAAUGUUCACCCAGUGAGUUCUCAAGUCCAUUCUCGUCAAAAUGAUGAGGACUUCAAAGUGAAGGACACCAAUCCACAGCUCGGAAAGAGGUGGUCGUACGGUGGAAUAGCAAGAGGGUGGACGCGUGGUGGUGCAAAGGGUGAGAAGUUCACAAGCACGUAUGAUCUAGUUGAGCAGAUGUCCUAUUUGUAUGUUCGAGUUGUGAAAGCAAAAGAAAUUACUCCUAGCUUCAUGACGGGAAGCCGUGAUGCUUACGUUGAAGUGAAGCUUGGAAAUUACAGAGGAAGAACAAAGUGCGUUGAGAAGAAGUUGAACCCAGAGUGGGACCAAGUCUUCGCUUUCUCGAAAGAGCGGAUUCAGUCCUCUGUGCUGGAAGUUUUCGUGAAGGAUAAGGAAAUGGUGAGGAAAGAUGAUUAUCUUGGGAGGGUGGUUUUCGACCUUAACGAGGUACCAACCAGAGUCCCACCAGAGAGCCCAUUGGCUCCUCAAUGGUACAGACUUGAGGAUUGGAGAGGAGAAGGGAAAAUCAUGGGUGACAUUAUGCUUGCAGUGUGGAUGGGAACUCAAGCUGAUGAAGCUUUUUCAGAUGCCUGGCAUUCAGAUGCAGCCACAGUUUAUGGAGAAGGUAUAUUCAAUGUCAGGCCAAAGGUUUAUGUCUCACCAAAACUGUGGUAUCUUAGGGUCAACAUCAUCGAAGCUCAAGAUGUGAUUCCCAGCGACAGAAACCGCCUGCCAGAGGUUUUCGUGAAAGCCCAAGUUGGAAACCAAGUACUUAGGACCAAGAUAUGUUCACAUCCGACAACCACUCCACUUUGGAAUGAAGAUUUGAUUUUUGUUGUUGCGGAACCUUUUGAGGAGCACCUAGUGAUUACUGUGGAGGAUCAUGUCCGCCCUGAGGUUCUAGGGGAGAUAAACUUGCCAUUGUUGCAUUUUGACAAACGGCUAGACCACAGGCCGGUUCAUUCUCGCUGGUUUCCUCUUGAGAAACAUGGUUUUAGACUGAUGGAAGGCGAUAGAAGGAAUGAGCUCAAGUUUGCAAGUAGAAUUCACAUGAGAGUUUGUCUUGAAGGCGGAUAUCAUGUGCUAGAUGAAUCAGCUUUUUACACAAGCGAUCAAAGACCAACAUCAAGACAGCUAUGGAAGCCUCCCAUUGGGAUUCUUGAAGUGGGUGUAUUAGGAGCACAAAGCCUUCUUCCAAUGAAGAUGAAGGAUGGACAUGGCAGCACUGAUGCUUAUUGUGUCGCUAAGUACGGCCAGAAAUGGGUCCGCACGAGGACAAUUCUCAAUACUUUCAAUCCUAGAUGGAAUGAGCAAUACACAUGGGAGGUUUAUGAUCCUUGCACUGUGAUAACACUGGGAGUUUUUGAUAAUUGCCACUUGAAAGAUGGAAAUUCAACCCCUGACUCACAAAUCGGGAAGGUAAGAGUUCGGCUUUCAAUGCUAGAAGGUAAUAGGACCCACAUCCAUUCUUACCCACUUCUUGUCUUGCAUCCACUUGGGGUUAAGAAGAUGGGUGAGCUUGAACUUGCAAUCAGGUUCACUACUUUCUCACUUGUCAAUAUGAUUCAAAUUUAUGGCCAUCCUUUGCUACCCAAGAUGCAUUAUUUACACCCAUUUACAGUGAACCAGUUAGAGAAUUUAAGAUACCAAGCCAUGAAUAUAGUAGCUAUGAGGCUUGGCCGAGCUGAACCCCCUUUGAGAAAGGAAGUGGUGGAGUAUAUGUUGGAUGUGGAUUCUCAUUUGUGGAGCAUAAGAAGAAGCAAAGCAAACUUCUUUCGAAUCAUGUCACUCUUAUCCAGAUUGAUCUCAAUCCAAAGAUGGUUCAACGAUGUUUGCCAGUGGAAGAACCCUAUCACAUCCAUUCUGGUUCAUGUUCUGUUUCUGAUACUAAUCUUCCACCCAGACUUGAUACUUCCAACCAUGUUUUUAUAUAUAUUCUUCGUUGGAAUAUUGAACUAUAGGUCCCGUCCCAGACACCCUUCUCAUAUGGAUCCUCAGCUAUCUAGUGCAGAUACUGUACAGCCAGAUGAACUUGAUGAGGAGUUUGAUACAUUCCCAACUUCAAGAUCCAAUGAUGUGGUGAGGAUGAGGUAUGACAGGCUUCGAAGUAUUGCAGGGAGAAUUCAGACUCUGGUUGGGGACAUAGCUGCACAAGGUGAGAGGAUUCAGUCUUUGUGGAGCUGGAGAGACCCCAGAGCAACCACCAUCUUCAUCUUCUUCAGCCUUUCUGUGGCCAUAGUUCUCUAUGCAACACCGUUUAGAUUGGUGGCUAUGGCCACCGGUGUGUAUUGCUUGCGCCACCCGAGGUUUAGGAGCAAGCUACCUUCUGUUCCCAGCAAUUUCUUCAAGAGGCUGCCUUCGAAGACAGAUAGUUUGCUGUAAUGUUUAUAAUUCUGUCUGUAAUUUGAACAUAAUAUGUUGAGUUCCGCGUCCCUGUGAGCUAAAUCGAUAUAAUUACCCUCCAAAGUACAUAUUUACAGAAAGUGAGAUACAUAGAUUUUAAGACGCCACGUGAUAACUUAGCACGAACGAAAUUAUCUAUUGUAAUUUGUUUCGUCACAUUACAAACCCUGAAAUGGGUAUCUAUGUUUCGACGGAUCCGUAAGCUCAUAACACACGUUUCGUUUGUGAUGUCACCUUUUAAAGGUGCCCAGCCAAAUGAAAACAACCAUUCGGCAAACUCACCAAGACUGGAAAUAUAUAACAAAUUUGUAGAUUUAGUUAAGAGUUCACAAAAGCAAAA